CAGCUCUGCUGGCCGCGGGUGUAGCAUCCUCCCCGCCCCUGCGCGGUUCGACUCUGCGAUUGGUGGACAGCGGCCGCAGGCGGAGCCAGGAGGCCAGAUUAUCGCACCGGCAGCUCAAAAGAGCGCAAGAUAUUGCAGAGCGCACUGGAGCCCAGGCCAGCGCGCAGCCUUCCCGGCGCCGGCAAGCUAGGUCUUGGGGAUUCUGGUUUGCUUUGGCUCCCUCGCUUUCACCAGCCACUGGAUCUUACAUGCCUCUGUGUCCCCCACUUCCACCCCAUGUCCCCAUGCUCCUGCGCCAGCAACAGGGCUUGUUCUCCGGAUAGCGUUUGACUUAAGGAGAGCCCGCUGCAUGUCAGUAGACAGACCUUGCUAGAACCCCACUGCUCCUGGAGACACUCAUCUCGCCUCCUUUUGUGUGUGGGUGUGUCCUCACUGAGCAUUCAAAACUGUUUCUCCAAAGGUUUUUACAAAAACUCAGACUGUUUUCCAAAGCAGAAGCGCUGGCGUCCACGGCAGAAGCGAUGGGCAGCGUGCGAACGAACCGCUACAGCAUUGUCUCCUCGGAGGAGGAUGGCAUGAAGCUGGCCACCAUGGCGGUGGCAAAUGGCUUUGGGAACGGCAAGAGUAAGGUGCACACUCGGCAACAGUGCAGAAGCCGCUUCGUGAAGAAAGAUGGGCACUGCAACGUCCAGUUCAUCAACGUGGGCGAGAAGGGUCAACGGUACCUCGCAGACAUCUUCACCACGUGUGUGGACAUUCGCUGGCGCUGGAUGCUGGUGAUCUUCUGCCUGGCGUUUGUUCUCUCGUGGCUGUUUUUUGGCUGCGUGUUUUGGCUGAUAGCUCUUCUCCACGGAGACCUCGAUGCUUCAAAGGCAAGCAAAGCGUGCGUGUCCGAAGUCAACAGCUUCACGGCUGCCUUCCUCUUCUCCAUCGAGACCCAGACGACCAUAGGCUACGGCUUCCGCUGCGUCACGGACGAAUGCCCGAUUGCGGUGUUCAUGGUGGUGUUCCAGUCCAUCGUGGGCUGCAUCAUCGACGCCUUCAUCAUUGGCGCGGUCAUGGCGAAGAUGGCCAAACCCAAGAAGAGAAACGAGACUCUAGUCUUCAGUCACAACGCCGUGAUCGCCAUGAGAGAUGGCAAGCUGUGUCUUAUGUGGCGGGUGGGCAACCUCCGUAAGAGCCACUUGGUGGAAGCGCACGUUCGAGCUCAGCUUCUCAAAUCCAGAAUUACUUCCGAAGGGGAGUACAUCCCCCUGGAUCAAAUAGACAUCAAUGUGGGCUUUGACAGUGGCAUCGAUCGUAUAUUUCUCGUGUCUCCCAUCACGAUAGUGCACGAAAUAGAUGAGGACAGUCCUUUAUACGACUUGAGUAAACAGGACAUUGACAACGCAGACUUUGAAAUCGUUGUGAUUCUGGAAGGCAUGGUGGAAGCCACCGCCAUGACCACACAGUGCCGCAGCUCGUACCUGGCAAAUGAAAUCCUUUGGGGUCACCGUUACGAACCUGUCCUCUUUGAAGAGAAGCACUAUUACAAGGUAGACUAUUCGAGGUUCCACAAGACCUAUGAAGUCCCCAACACGCCCCUAUGUAGUGCCAGAGACUUAGCAGAAAAGAAAUACAUCCUCUCGAAUGCUAAUUCAUUUUGCUAUGAAAAUGAAGUCGCCCUCACAAGCAAAGAGGAAGAUGACAGUGAAAACGGGGUUCCAGAAAGCACAAGUACGGACACCCCCCCUGAUAUUGACCUUCACAACCAGGCCAGUGUACCUCUAGAACCCAGGCCCUUACGGCGGGAGUCAGAAAUAUGACUGACUGUUUCUCUCUCUGGAAUAUUUACUUUUCUACAUAGUCUGUUGGUCAGAGGCCUGAAACAGUUCUACGUAUGACGGUACCGGUCAAGAGGUGGAUCGACUCUAGUGGCCACGAGAGACUGGGGCUGGCACCACGGUUUUCAAGGGAAGACUGUAAGCUCAAUGGUUGACAUUAAGCACUAAACAUGCCUCCGCAUGACCCGAUGGCACAUAUAUAUGUUGUAGAAUAAGUUAUGGGUUUUUAUGUAUUGUUUUGUGUUUGGACAAAACUUGAACUUGCAGGCAAGCCCUGGUUGGGUAUCUGACUUAUCCAGAAUGCUUCUCUUUAGGGAACAAGAAUGUUUUUAAUGGCAUAACAAAGGCAAGACUCGGCCUUAAUUUUUGCAAAGCUGCUAACUACAUGAACACAAAUUGUAUUUUUGUUGCAGUGUAGUUUUUCUUUUAUAUAAUUUAAAAGUCAGUGUUGAACUUUGUUGAAAGCUCAUAUGUGCUUCAAAGUGGCAAGUAUUUGGCUAUUAACUGCCAAAUGAGAGCCUGAUUUUCUGAGGCCAGUAAUUUGUUUGCUAGCAUUGAUUUUUUUUUCCCUCUCUCUUUGUUACAUAAGGGCAUUAUGUAACACUAGCCAAAUGGUAGCCUCUGGGUUUUUUUUUUUUUUUUCUGCUCUCUCUUUCUCCAUGAUAUUAAUGGGUUAGCUCAAAAUUUAAGUUAGACUACCUAAAAUAAAUACCAAAGAUCAUGCAUAUUUUUGCACAGUGAUGAUUGCGCUUCAAAGGAGGCCUAUGGGCCAUCUUGAAAUUGAGACGAGAAACUUGAACCUCAGCAAUACCUAGAACCACCUGUUUCUGUUCAUUUUGCACCUUAUUCAGAAAAUAGAGCAUCAGUCACAUAGAUGCAAAUGACUGUACUGUUUUAAAAAUUUCGUUCUUUCAUGAAGUGUUGUUUAUUAGAAAGGAAGUAAAAAAAAAAGGAAAGUAAAAUUCACUCCCACACAAAUACACACACAACAGUAUCAACAUUGUUGCGUGAAGUAAGACAUGGUGACAUACUGUUAGAUUUUUCUGCGAUUUUAUGUUUUGCACAUUCCAUAAAUC